AUGCCCACAACAGGCCAUACACUCAGUUGGAGUUUCCUCAACUAUGUUGACAACCUCAACAACAUCAAGAAGUACAAUUGGGUUGAGGCAAUAAAAAACACACUGAUGAAUUCAAUGGCAAAUACAAACAACAACCCAAGGCAUGUCACUAGAUGCGUCAUGUUACUCUUGUACUGGUACUGUGAGCACAGUAAACUCCUCCGACCAUCCAACAAAGAAGGCUUCCCAAGGUUUAUGAAAUGGAACCUUGGCAAAAUGUACUCCAAGUGGAAACACAUCAGCCUCGCUCACUUUGAAAAGGUUAACCAAAGUGCUUUAACCCCAAUUGAACAAGAAAUACAGUUAUUGCAUAUCAAUCAAAGCACAUCAACAGACUCUUCAGCAAAAGAAACAAGACCACAAAAAGGACAAUAA